CCCGCCGCCACGACGCCUUUCCUGGACCUGCACUGGCCCGUCCGCAGCCUGUGGCCCGAGACCCGGCCGCUUUUCUACCACAUCGAGCGGGAGAUGAUCCGUCACAUGCAGGAGGUGAAGCAGAGCAUCGAGUUCAUGGAGAGGCUGCACCAGAAGAUCUUUGAGGAGAUCGAUCAGACAUCCUCCUGCACGGGGGUCUUCAAGCCCAUCGCCUUCCAGGAGCUGGGGAGGGACGGCACCACCUUCGCCCUCAGCCUGGACACGAAGGAGUUCUCCCCGGAGGAGCUGUCGGUGAAGCAGGUGGGCCGCAAGCUGAGGGUGAGUGGCAGAACGGAGAAGAAGCAGGAGGACGGGAAGGGCUCCUACACCUACAAGUGCCAGGAGUUCAGGCAGGAGUUCGACCUGCCGGACGGCGUCGACCCCGAGGCCGUCACCUGCUCGCUGUUGGGAGGCCAGCUGCAGAUUCAGGCGCCGCGGGAGAACCCCGCCAACGACGGGAAGGAGAGGAUCGUCCCCAUCAGCUUCACCUCAGCCCCGGCCGUCACCGCCUCCUCCUCCAGCGCUGCAGCAGAGGGGAGCGGCACCCCCACCUCAGAGAGCACCCCCACAGAGAAAAACUGAAGCCUGCCAGCCGUCUUUGGUCCGUAGUUGUACGGGAACGUGGAGCUCAUCACCUACACGUGAACCGAGUGAAGCGCCGCCGUCUCCCUGGUGCAGCUUUAUCUGCCAGACGGAGGCGACAUGGAGCUGAUCCCACCCCCCCCACCCCGCACUAAUACUUUAUUAAACGGUCCUUAGAUGUUUGCACGUUGCCCAGAUACUGGUUUCAUCACCGGUCUUUUAAACUGGUUUGUCUGGCACACGUUUUCUGUGUCUGGCUGCUGAUUGAGUUGAAGUUAAAGAACCGUCAACAUUUUCCUGACAUUUGCUGUUAAUCAAUUUUUAAUAAGAACUGAACCUGCAUGUGCUUCCUGGUCCACGAACUGGCGGCGUCUCCUUUAACCCGUGAGCGAAUAAAGACACGAGACACCAGUUUUUCCCCUUUCUUUGUAAAAUAAUUCUCAAUAAACUUAAUUUAUUCACAAACUGCU